AUGGAGUUCAACUUUUCCGAGGAAUUGGAUCCGGUCACGUACCGCGACGAUGGCCUGGCGCACGGAAUCCCUCUGAGGAUCCACAAGGACCCGUUCAAGGAGAUUGCGGGUGCGAUUCGCGCGCAGAAGGACUGGAGCUACCACGUCAGUCCCGUGAGCGAUUAUCUGGGUGGACUGGGACAGCCGUUCAGUUUCAUUCGAGUGACGAUCCCCGAAUGCCUUCCCGAGCGUCUGGAAGUCAUGUCGUACGCUAACGAGUAUGCUUUUCUCUACGAUGACCAAAUGGAGAAUCUGGAUCUGAAGAAUUUCCAGGAAGGCCGAGACGACAUGCUCCAUGUAUUCGGCGCCGACGCGUUGAACCACGCCGUAACAGCCGACGUGCGCCCCGAAAAGAAGCUUCAAGCUCAUAUGCUGGAAGAGAUGAUGGCCAUCGACCAUACUCGCGCCGUCGUCACGAUGCAGGCUUGGGCGAAAUUCGUCCAGCUCGCGUCGCGCACCAGGGCUGCGCCCUUCGAGACACUGGACGAGUACGUUCCGAGCAGGACUAUUGAUGCCGGAGAACUCUUCUGGUUUGGCAUGCUCACCUUCGGCAUGGCGCUCACAAUCCCCGACUCCGAACUCGACCUCUGCAUGCAAUUAGCACGUCCCGGAUAUGCAGCUAUUAGCCUGUCGAACGACCUCUACUCGUGGCGGAAAGAGCGCAAAGACGCCGAAGCCGCUGGCCAGGACUACGUGUUCAACGCCAUCUGGGUCAUCAUGCGGGAGCGAAAGUGCAGCGAGGCGGAAGCCAUGCUGGUCUGCAAAGACGAGAUCAAGAAAUACAUCGCCGAGUAUGACAAGGUCGUGAAGAGGGCGAAGGAUAUGAGUCUGUCAAAGGAUACGCUAGCCUACCUGGAAGCAGUCAGGUUGAGCCAUGUCGGGAAUUUGGUGUGGAGUAUUUACUGUCCGAGGUAUCAUCAGGGGUCGGAGAUCGGCGAAGUGCCGAGACUCUGA